GCCUCAUCUGCUGCUGGGACGGUUCAGCUCUUCAAGCCCGUAAAUAAACUUCUGCUCCACACUACUUCGACUAGACAAGGCAGGCAGGUUGCAGUGGCCAAAAGUGUUUUCGUCGAGGUUUGCAAAAGAGAACUGAAAGUCAGAUAUUGCGUUGCUCAAUGGCUACAGUAGAUAAGGCAGAGUGAAUGGAGCAGGAGCGGGGAUGGAAUAAGACAGGAUGGGAACGGGAGGUGGAGUACUCUGAAGUCUGUCCUUGAGCGCACAGGACAGAUGCAUCAAUGAAGGUGGGACAGGAACCGAAACUUUAAAUGCACGUUUUUCAGGCAAUACUUGAUUCGAUUCGGAGCUGUCUGGAUGUAGGGCAUCAAUCUAGAAUGCUUUCCAACAAACUACGUGGCAGCCGAAGAAAGCACGAAGGAAAAAGCGUUUGCUGUGAUCUGCGGAGAGGAGUAACGUGUGCAUGUGUUUCUCAUCCAUCUCAAGUGAUAUGGCAGGGAACUGACUGAGGGAGAGAGUUUAUACAGAAGAAAUUCAUCUGGGAACAGUAAAGGUGCUGAUCUCUGGAACCGAGGCAAGGCAACCCAUCAGAAAUGACACAGCUCAUCUCAUCUCACAUGAAUCUUAAGACUGGACUCUGACGCCAGGCACCUUCUGAUUGCAUAUGAACCACUAAAUGCACUUCAUGUCUCUGAACUGAAGUGACAUUCAUCCCUGGACUUGAAUUCAGUUGUCACGUAUAGAAAUUGAACUUUGAAUUUUGAAGAUGUCACAACAGAUCUAAAAAUAACACCUCAGUGUGAACAGGUUUUACAUUAAGUCACACACAGUCUUCCACUGAGGACCAGACUUUGCCCUUUUGGAUGGAUAUUGGAAAUUUCACAAUCUAAAUAAUUUCCAUGCUGAUACACCUAAUAGCUGUGGCGCCCCUUGCCUUUCUCUCAUGCCCAUGGACCUAUCCAGUGCCAUGCUCUCACAGGCGCUCCUGCUCUUACAGUGCAUUAUUCUGACUCCCGGCCAGUACGAUAUCUGUAAGUCGCUGGUCAGCACAGACGAUGGACCAACAUGGGAAUAUUACGCUUGCCAGCCCAAACCCAUGUCCAUGAAGGAGUACAUGCAGAUUAGAGUGGAGCCUCCCGAUAUCACAUGUGGGAAUCCACCGGAGAGGUUCUGCACUCUGGAAAACCCAUACCUGUGCAGUGACGAAUGCGAUGCGUCCACCAAAGAACUUGCCCAUCCUCCAGAGCUGAUGCAAGACCGUGAGCGAACCGAACUCAUCACGUACUGGCAGACUGUAACAUGGAGUCGUUUUCCUGAGCCUCUUCAGGCCAACAUAUCCUUAUCCUGGAACAAAAGCCUGGAGUUAACAGACGACAUCCAGAUAACCUUUGAGUAUGGACGGCCCACAAUAAUGGUGCUGGACAAGUCCCUGAAUUAUGGACGAACCUGGCAGCCUUAUCAGUACUACGCCGAUGACUGCAUGGACGGCUUCGGGAUGUUACCAAAGAGGGUGCAGGAUCUGUCGGCCACGAACGUGACUAGAGUCAUAUGUACCGAGCAAUACUCUCGUUGGGUCGGUUCCAAGAAUGAGAAGAAUGUGCGGUUCGAGGUCCGGGAACGCUUUGCCAUAUUUGCUGGGACAAAAUUACAAAACAUGGGCAACUUAUACACACGCAUGGAGAGUAUGAAAGGCCUCCGAGACUUUUUCACCUUCACAAACCUGCGGCUUCGGCUGCUGAGACCGGCGCUCGGAGGAACAUACGUUCAAAGAGACAACCUGCUCAAGUACUUUUACGCCAUCUCCAAUAUCGACAUACCAGCAAGGUGUAAGUGUAACCUCCACGCCGGUCAGUGCUCCCUCCGUGACGGGAGCCUUCAGUGCAACUGCGAGCACAACACCACUGGACAAGACUGUGCGGCCUGCGAGAGAGGAUUCAAAGCCAAGUCCUGGAAGCCCGGCUCAUACCUGCCCACCCCGAACGGCUCCCCGAACAUUUGUGAGGCGUCGGGAACAUCUGACAUGCCAACACUAGCAGUUACGCUUGACCCUGCCACUGCACCAAUGUCUGUAACUACAUCCAUAACACCACCCACAAUCCAACUGACCUCAACACCAGCCACCACAGGAUCAGUCCAACCUGUCACAGUAUCCCAGACUCCGGGUACAUCAGCGUCUGUAAGCACGUUGACAGACACGGCCACCUCCAGUGACACAUCGACUUCUCCUCCUGCCCCUACAGGCGGCUCAGAGGUCCCUGAAUCCCUCACCAACACACCAGUGCUACUUGUGACAAGCCUUCUGCCCACAAUGCCAGCUGCUACCAUCUCGAGCCAGACCAACACCUCGUCUUUAACUACAGUGCCAUCUCCGUCUAGUCCAACACUCACAGUCGUACCCACAGCACCUGACCAGCCAGUUUCCGCAGCACCAGAUGUGAUACCCGAUGCGCCCACCACAGCAACCGACACCGUGACUGCAACAACUGACUUUGUUACAAGCAAUCCACUCUCUGUUCUUCCUGAGGUUACCGAUUCAUUUGCCUCAUCCUCUGAUGGCACUGCUACAACACUUAAUAUGGACACCCAAGCAAUAUCUUCUGCAACCAUGGCAACAACACCUUCUGCAACCAUGGCAACUUCUGAAGCAACAUCUUCAGCAUCAGCUAGCACAAUCCAACUGCCAACCUCUAUUGCUGUUGAUGCAGUUUCACUGGUUUCUGAUAGAUCUCCUGUGGAAGCGGGUGCAAUGGUUACAGGAAAUACUGCGGUAACCUUAGUUACAAGCACAGUUGUGUCCUCAACUGAUGCUGCAUUUAAAACACUCCCUCCAGACAUUGAUUUGUUUGUCCCAGCAUCUGAUGUUCCUCUAACUCCUGCAUCUGAUGGUGAUGCGCCUGCAAAUGAUGCCAUAGCAGCUGUAACAGAUGCUCCAGCAAUAGUUACAGUUUCUCCAGAGAUUGCUUCCAUUGCCCCAGCAACCUCAGACUCGGAUGCUCCUGCGACUACUACUGUGGCUCCUGAAGGUCCAGGUGAUGCAGAAGCAACCAAUGUGUCUGAUGAAAUCGAACCAGCUCCAGAAGGUCCAGGUGAUGCAGAAGCAACCAAUGUGUCUGAUGAAAUCGAACCAGCUCCAAAAGGUCAAGGUGAUGGUGCUCAAAUUGUCAUAGCAGGUGCAGAAACAGUCACUGAUGCUGCUCCUCAACCUAAUGCUGAGACUGACAGUAAACCUCCAUUUGAAGGUGAAGUUCCUCUUGUUGAGACCGAGCAGGAAAAAACAGCAACAAAUCUGGAGAAGAAAGAUAACGAUUCUCCUGACAGUAAACCUCCGUCUGAAGUAGGAGAAAACAGUGAAGUUCCUCUAGCUGCGUCCAAGGAGGAAAAAACAGCAACAAACCUGGAGAAGAAAGAUAAAAACGCAGAAGCCCCAGUAUCUGGUGACAUUAAGAAGAAUAACGAGGCUGGGAAAACCGGAGAGAGCAGGGAAGCCAAAGAGGAAAAGAAAGAGAAGGAAAAAAAGAAUAUAAACUAUACUGCAAACACAACACUAGAGGGCAGAACUGUCAGCACUGCCGCCUCGGAUACUUCCGGAAUGCAUAACGAGGCUGGGAAAACCGGAGAGAGCAGGGGAGCCAAAGAGGAAAAGAAAGAGAAGGAAAAAAAGAAAGAAAAAGAUUAUGAAAAGAAAGACUAUGAGAAAAAAGUUGUUGCGAGGAUUUUGAUCCCUGGGGGGCCAAAAACGCAGUUGUCAAAAAUAGCGUACAUCAGAUUUCAAGACUGCGAGUGCAACGGUCACUCAAAUCGCUGCAGUUACAUUGAUUUCAUCAACAUUGUGACUUGUGUGAGCUGCAAACACAACACUAGAGGGCAGAACUGUCAGCACUGCCGCCUCGGAUACUUCCGGAAUGCUUCCGCCGAGCUGGACGAUGAGAAUGUUUGCAUAGAGUGUAACUGUAAUCAGCUGGGCUCUCUACACGCCCGGUGCAAUGACACAGGCUUCUGCCAGUGUAGAGAGGGCACCACGGGCCAGAAGUGUGAGGACUGCCUGCCUGGAUAUACCUGGAAGCAAGGCUGCGUGCCAAACGUGUGCGACGACGAGUUCUUCCUGUGUCAGAACGGCGGCUCCUGUAUCCAGAACCAGAAGUGCGUGUGUCCACCCAGCUUUAGGGGUGUUUUGUGUGAGCAGCCACGCUGCCAGGGCGAAAAAGGGUGCGAUGGCGCAUCGGCCUGCUACCUCAGCACACUGACGCUGCUGCUCUGCCUUCUAGCCAACAGCCUGCUUAAAGCCAGCACCUAGAAACCCAUCUUAGUCCUGAAAUCGAUUCUAGUCUACACAGGCCAAAGGGCUGAACCCUGCGGACAGAGAGAGAGUGGCCUGAACCCGUAUGGCGUACGGACCCAGCCUCACGGUGCUGAAAUCUUUUUUGGAAAUGGCGGCGGCUGCACUGAGGUCAAAACGCCUUCAUGAGAUGAGCAGUUUAUUGCUUGUCUACUAGCAACACUGAUCGCCUGAACUUUAUACCAAAAACAGAAUAAAAAGAACUUAAGUUCAGUUUCAGCUCACUCUACACAAAACUCUAAAGAAAGUGGGGAAAUAUAUAGAUGCGGUUUCAUUUCCUUUGCAUUUCUACUUUCUCUGUAGUUCUGACGCUCACUGAGGUACAAGCACCGCAUUUAGCUAGCUUGUUUUAACGAACAACAAACGGUCGAUAUCACGGAAGCCUACUUAUGCCAAGUUAUUCUUCUUCUCUUGAAGACUUGUUUUUACAUUUCCUUUCAUUGCUGCAUUUUUCUUGCAUUUUAUUGUCAUUGAGGUUGUAACAAGUAGAUGAAACCAAUGGAAAAGAUGUUUAAUCGCCGUCCCGCUAGUAUGAAGAAUGAACGUCUCUAGCUUGUGUUUGAGAUUACGUUUAUGGAAUGUAGAAAGAGGUUUUAAAUGGUCACACUGAACAAAUAUACAUAUAUCGGUCUAUCUGAAAGGAAAUAUGAAGUAUUGUAUAUUAUAAUUAUUAUUUCAAUAUUUUUCGUAGAAAUUGUUAUUUUUGUUGAGUAAAUGUUACCAUUGUAAAGACAUUGCAGCCUUUAUUGCAGUGCAUAUGGUAUUCACACCAUGGUAAAACUAUAUUUGAUGAUACAGCAGAGUGCAUCUCUAAGAUAUCUGGAAUAUUUUUCCAUCCAUAUCAUUACAUUUAAAUAAAGCAUAAACGGUUCAUUACAUGCACAGCUUUAGCUCAAUGUAACCCGCACAUCAUAUUGUUACUGGCAUGUAUUCAUCAGUGCAGAUAUGACCAUUCAGGACUGCUUAUUAACACACUUCUGUAAUGAUACCUGUGAUAUAAGUGCAUUCCUAAAGCACUAAGUCCCACGAACCCCAAAUAAAUAAAUAAUUAUGAAGCACAGAAAAAAAAUGUAUCGUUAAUCAGCACAAUUAGAAUGGCCAUUCAGAUUAACAAUUAAAAAUGCAUAUUGAAAGUCGGCACAUUGUAUAUCAUGCAAUCAGGUUAUUUUUCAAAUAAUUUAUUUUAUUUUCCUUGCGUGAGUCUCAAAGAAAUGCCAAAAUCUUUAGCGGCUCAUGGGCUUUUUGAUGUAUUUCAUAUUUACAAAUGCUUUACAUUCAUAAUGAGCCAGGGUAAAUAAAGUACUAUGAAUAAAUAUUAUAAAUGAAUAAAACCUGACAAUCAGAAAGCACAAAGAGACAUGAGUGAAUUG